GAAAUACGACAUGUUUUGUUAGGUUUGGUCUAUCUAUCUUCUCGAAUUGCCGGACUCCAGGAACAGACAAAUAAGAAGACCUGAACAAGGCGAACAGCAACCUCAUCAGAACAAGAAGAAGAAGAAGUAGAACCCACUUAACCACACAUCAGGUGAGGUUAAUUCUGGGAAGAUAUCACUCAUUCAUCAUGUUAGGGUGUGCACCGUGAAAACAUAAACUAAUUAUUAGUUAGUACUGGAGGUGUCAUGUCGUGCAGUGUUUACAACACACCCUUGGAGACGAGUUUUAAUCGUCAGGAUGAGGGGUUAGAAUCCUGUGAUACUUCUGCUCUUUCUACCCAUAUAUACAUGGAAGAUCAUGCAUUAGUUCCUGUACCCGAUGAUUCUCUUAGCUUGACGGGCUAUGCGUUGGCUAUCGGACAAGAAUUUCCUGAUGUUGAAACUUGCCGAAGAGCAUUGAAGGAUGUUGCCAUUGCAAUGCAUUUUGAUCUUCGUAUUGUCAAAUCAGAUCGAAGCCGGUUUAUAGCCAAGUGCUCCAAAGAAGGCUGUCCAUGGCGUGUCCAUGUAGCGAAAUGUCCCGGAGUUCCCACCUUUACAAUAAGAACCCUGCAGGGUGAGCAUACCUGUGAAGGAGUCCGCCACCUUCAUCAUCAGCAAGCUUCAGUAGGUUGGGUUGCUAGGUCUGUGGAAGCUCGAGUUCGGGAUAAUCCGCGAUAUAAACCAAAGGAGAUCCUGCAGGAUAUCCGUGAUCAGCAUGGGGUUGCUGUUUCUUACAUGCAAGCAUGGCGCGGCAAGGAGCGUAGUAUGGCAGCGCUUCAUGGAACCCUUGAAGAAGGAUAUCGCCUUCUUCCUGCAUACUGUGAGCAAAUAAGGAAAAACAAUCCAGGAAGCAUUGCUUCAGUUUUUGCCGUUGGACAAGAUAAUUGCUUCCAGCGGCUCUUUAUUUCUUACCGUGCAUCAAUUUAUGGGUUUAUACAUGCUUGCAGACCACUUUUAGAACUUGACAAAGCACAUCUUAAAGGAAAAUACCUGGGUACAUUACUCUGUGCUGCAUCUGUUGAUGCUGAUGAUGCUUUAUAUCCACUGGCAAUAGCUAUUGUCGAUGUUGAAAGUGAUGAGAAUUGGAUGUGGUUCAUGUCAGAGUUACGGAAGCUUCUUGGAGUAAACACUGACAACAUGCCUAGGCUUACGAUACUCUCUGAAAGACAAAAGGGCAUUGUGGAAGCUGUGGAAACUCAUUUUCCAAGUGCCUCUCAUGGUUUUUGUCUUCGUUAUGUAAGUGAAAAUUUUCGUGAUACAUUUAAGAACACAAAGUUGGUGAAUAUCUUCUGGAAUGCUGUUUAUGCUCUCACUGCAGUUGAAUUUGAGAGCAAGAUUGCAGAGAUGAUGGAGAUCUCACAAGAUGUCAUACCAUGGUUUCAACACUUCCCUCCUCAACUUUGGGCUGUAACAUACUUUGAAGGUGUGCGAUAUGGUCAUUUUACCCUUGGGGUUACAGAGCUGCUGUAUAAUUGGGCUCUUGAAUGCCAUGAGCUCCCUAUUGUGCAAAUGAUGGAGCAUAUUCGGCACCAGAUGUCGUCGUGGUUUGAUGAACGUAGGGACAUGGGCAUGAGGUUGACAUCAAUUCUAGUACCUUCUGCUGAGAAGCGUAUCUUAGAGGCAAUUGCUGAUGCACGCUGCUAUCAAGUGCUUCGUGCAAAUGAAGUUGAAUUUGAAAUUGUAUCAACUGAACGGACAAAUAUUGUGGAUAUAAGAACUCGAGUGUGCUCAUGUCGCCGUUGGCAUAUAUAUGGUUUACCUUGUGCUCAUGCUGCUGCUGCACUUAUUUCUUGUGGACACAGUGUCCCUUUAUUUGCUGAGCCUUGCUUCACAGUAGCAAGUUACAGAGAGACCUAUUCACAGAUGAUUCAUCCUAUUCCUGACAAGAGCUUAUGGAAUGAGCCCGGUGAAGGAACAGAGGGUGGGAGUGCCAAGGUUGAUAUUUUGAUUCGUCCGCCCAAGACCAGGCGUCCCCCUGGCAGACCGAAAAAGAAGGUCCUUCGUGUAGAGAAUUUCAAGCGUCCAAAGAGAGUUGUUCAAUGUGGUCGGUGCCAUUUGUUAGGACAUUCUCAAAAGAAAUGCACCUUGCCAAUAUGACUUAAUUUAGCUCAUUAGAUCGGUUUUAUUUAAUUUUUCUCCUCCCCUGUUUCUGGCUCACUCUCCUUUCAUUGUUCUAAGAUGCAAUAGUCAGUGGGAUGUUUGUAAUAUUAAUGUGUUUUAAUUAAGUAGUUUCUACCAAUGUGAAAUAAGGAUUCAGUCCUUGGCACAGUUCUGUCUAUUUAUCACGUGCACAUAGUGGCAGCAUCUUUGUGUUUUCUGGCUCAUUGAUCUUGUUAUAACUAUACUGCAUUUCUCUUGGUAGAUCAUUUCUGCUAUUAUUGUCCAGGCCUAAACAUCUCUUGGUUUUGUCAGUCAAUGGAGGUAUCCUUCAGUGCUUCUGUAUCGAUAUCUAUUGGUGAUUUCUGGUGUAUCCAAAAUUCUGGUAAGUAUGAGUACUGUUGCACUUUGUGAUAUUAUUGGAUUCCAGAUAUAUAUCACCUGUAUACGUCUGUUCUUUUGCUGCCUGAACUUCAUAUCCUUUACAAUUUUAAUCUACCUGAUUGUUUUGACAGCUUUAAUGUGCAUUCAUGAAUCAUGAUCCAGAAUGAGACCCAAUGCUCAACCAACGAAUGCAAGACUGCUUGUUGUUCCAGUUUGCUAAGUAUUACAUCAAAGAAAUGGUGCUCUUGACCUCUUGUGAGUUGUUGUCUCCAUGUUCUCU